AUGUCCGGCUCACUGAUGCCUGAGGCACAACCUUCGAACACCCCAAAUCCGUUCGCUAAACGUGGAGGUGCGAGCGCGCCACCAGCGCAGCAUGCAGCAUCUGGAUCUGAUGAGACUAUCAUCACGAACCCGCUCGAUGAGCAACAACAACUGCUUGUCCAAAGAGAAGAAAACGCUCAGCGUUAUGUACAAAUGGCUACAACUCUUGAACGCCAGCGUGACUAUGUGUUAACCCCACCCAGUGUGGAGGAACGUCUACGUCAAGCGGCCGGCCAAACAUUGGCAACGUGGGGCAUUGGACAUGGGCCUAAGACUCCUGAGGAGGUGGUGAGCUGCCAGGCACUUCGUAAGAGGUACCUGGAGCCGCACCUAACGACUCAAAGUCAAUACAAGGCACGCCUUGACAUUCAAGCAAGUGGUGCACCGGUUCCACCGAUCAAGGGUAUACCCAUUCUCUUGCUCGCAGGCGAAACAGUGAGCGAAGAAGACGAUGCCUUCGUUCACUGA